GCGUCCUGUCGCCAUAAGUGAGACUUUAUUUUGCAAAGGAAAUUUUGGGUUAAAACCCAAUAAUCCACCCGCUUUCCCUUUUCGGAGAGCGGUUAACGCCUUGUGGGGCGAGACGUUUCCCACGCCGGAGAAAAACGACACUUUUCAAGGGGCGAGGCCCCGUUUUUUUGGGCGCUUGUUUUUUGUGUUAACGAACAGCUUUUUUACAGAGACAUUUGGAUUGUGUCUCUCUGUUUUUCUCGGUUUGUUUGUGGUCAAGAUGUCGCCGUAAUGGGGUCUCCGCGUUUGACAGAAAUGAAUAAGGGCCUCCGUCGCCUGACCCGCGUUUGCAGCAGUCCGUUCUGUUCCCCUUUUGUUCCGUUUAAUGCUAGAGAGCUCGGCGGCUCUCUCACCGGAGUUCGGCCUCAACAUGGAGAAAAACCCAAAUGCCAACAACAGCAGCAACACGAAGAUCCCGCCCCGUUCUGGCUCAACAGGCCCGACUCCUACAGAUUCUAAGACCAAAACAGAUGGUAAAAAUAAUGGGGGCUCAAAGCGCUACACCCGUAAGCGUGAGCCCACUUUUCCCAAGGGUGAGAGCUUUCCGGGCCCACGCCGCUCCCAGCCGCAUAAAAGCAAGAAUUUUGACAAGAGACCCCCUCAGAGAGGUGGCGGUGGGGAUCGACAGUAUGGACUCACUGGUGGUGGGAGAAGAGAAGAGGUAGUAGAGAACCGCCGGGCAGAGUUUAGCCCGGCUCAAUUUGCUGGACCGAAGAAGAUAAGUCUGAAUCACCUGCUCAACUUCACGUUCGAGCCACGAGGAGGCCAUUUAGGCUCCGGAGGAGAUGGCCAUUCCUGCUGGGGUCGCCGCAACAAGUGGGGUCACAAACACAAGCCUUUUAACAAGGAGCUGUUCCUGCAGGCUAAUUGCCAGUUUGUGGUAAUUGAUGAUCAGGACUAUCAAGCCCACUUCACGGAUCCAGACACUUUGGUGGACUGGGACUGUGUGCAGCAAGUGCGCAUCAACAGUCACGAGGUGCCGUCGUGUCCGAUCUGCCUGUAUCCCCCUGUGGCGGCCCACAUGACGCGUUGUGGCCACAUUUAUUGUUGGCCGUGUAUGCUGCACUACCUCUCUCUGAGUGAGAAGAGUUGGUCCAAGUGCCCCAUUUGUUAUGAGGCCGUGCACAGCACUGACCUCAAGAGUGUGGUUGCCAUGGAGACCCAUCAGUACGUGACCGGUGAUGUCAUCACUAUGCGUCUGAUGCGGAGAGAGAAAGGAUCGCUGGUGGCUCUUCCUAGCGCCCAGUGGAUUAAAGUAGAGGAGCCGAUUCGUUUUGGAGAUGUGCAUUUGAGUUCAUACUCUAAGCUACUGUUGGCAUCUAAGGGGCAGGUUUGGGGUUUGCUGGCUGAAGAGAGGGAGGCUCUCCAGAUGCAGCUCAGCCAGGAGAAAGACGACCCACAGGCCUGUUUCAUACAGAGCGCAUUACUAAUGCUACAGGAACGAGAGGAGGGACUCCUGAAGUCUCGCCGUAAGGACGAUGCCUCUGCUGACAUAGCAGAUAUGAGGAAACUGUCUCUCUGUGAGAACCCCUCUCCAGAGGUGACCUGUGUCAAGAACAUCCAAAGCUGCAAGCCUGUGCUGCAGUAUGCCUCAGCAUUUGAUGAUGAGAUACAGGGGGCUCACGAGGAAAAGGUGGAAGAAACGGCUCCUCGGCAUGUUUCUGAGGGGGCUGAAGAGAUGCCUGCAGGAUCUGUUGAGGAUAAACCUGUUGAAGAGACCUCUCAGAGCGGUCAGAAUGAAGCAGGCCCACCACAGAACUCUAAUCAUGGCCCAUAUUACUACUUCUAUCAAGCCGAAGAUGGUCAGCAGAUGUUCCUGCAUCCAGUGAAUGUGCGCUGUCUGUUGAGGGAAUAUGGAAGUUUGGAGAACAGCCCUCAGUCUAUCACCGCUACUGUAGUGGAGAUUGAUGGACAGACUGUCACUGAGGAUAUUCGUCGCAGGCACCGUUAUCUUUCUCACCUGCCGCUCACGUGCGAGUUCAGCCUCUGUGAACUCAACCUUCAGCCACCGAUUGUCUCCAAAGAGACCCUGGACAGCUUCUCAGAUGACUUGGAGAAACGGAAGCGCCUGAGGCAGAAGAAGGCGAGGGAUGAGAAAAGAAGGGAGAAGAGGAUUGAGAUGGAGGAGAACCGAAAACAAGGCAAAUAUCCAGAGGUGCACAUUGGACUUGAGAACCUCCAGCAGUUUCCUGCUUUUGGAUCUCCUCCUCAUUACAGCCCACUAGCGCAACCCCCAGAGUUCCUGUUGGGACCACCCUCUCCUCUGAGCAGCAGCCCUUCUUCCGAUGGAGUGAUGUUUCCCAAUCUGAGUGAACACAGUCCCUCUGUCAGUGUCGCUACUAGUGUAGAGGAGGAUUCUCACUGCAUGUCCUUUGCUCAGAUGCUGAAAGAUGGGAGAGCUCGUGUGGAUGGUGGGCCUAAGACCACCCCAAAGAAAGGGUGUGUGGACAUGUUCCUGGCCCUUCCACCAGCAGACAGUGAUGGAGAGAGUGACGGCUCUGAUCGGGUCCCUGUACCCAAUUUCCAGAACUCUUUCAGUCAAGCCUUCGAGGCGGCUCUGUCUCAGCUGGAUCACGGUAAUCAAACCCCAGCACAUGCUAUUCCUAUCAACGAGGAGAAAGGGGGGAAGAAAAAGAAGAAAAAGCAGAAGUUGCUCUUCAGCACCUCAAUGGUUCACACAAAGUAAACAGCUCUGAAGUUUAUCAUUCACUCCUGUCACUACCUUCUGCCUCUAUCCUUCCCACAAUCACCGGCUUAUGUUUCACUUUAUCCAUCAAUAGCAGCUUCUCUCCAUUCUUUUCAUACCCAGACCUGCAGGAAGUUUAAUUCAAUAGCAGCAACAUUGUACAACACCAAAUACUCAGUAUUACAGAUCAGUCCCAACAGUUAAAGCUUAACUGGGAUGUUUAUCCAGAUUCGAUCAAUGAUAACUUAGUGUUUGUUGGUUUUGGGUUUCAGUGAUAUUUUGGGGGUCUUGGGGUAGCAGUCAGCCAGCUGCAGACACAUCUCACCCCCUCAUCUGUGUGACCCUGUUCAGAUAGUUACUCUUUGAACCAAAAAAUUAUGCUUAGUUUGUAUACUGAAAUAUGUGAAAAUUUGCCAUUUUUCUUUAAAACGGCUUAAAAUACAUCAAUUUAGAAUUGUGCAGAACUAUGCAGUUUAUUUAUUCAGUUAAUUCAUAAAUACCUUCUGGAAAAGCAAAAUACUUAGUUGGUCUUUAAGCACUUGACUGUAUUAGAACCUUUAAUCAUUACACGUUGCUUCAGAGCUCAAAAUGUGGUCAAAUAUUAGAGACGAGACAGAGGUGCUGCUGACUCCACUGCUUGUUUUGUGUUCAUUAAAAAGAUUUUGUAAAGACAAAAAAUCUAUGGGAAAUGUUUUGAGGGUUUGAUUUAUUUGUCUCUUUCUUGGAAUCUGAAGAAAUGUGUGAUUUCAGAAUAAAGCUGGAAUGAAUAAAGGAACAUUUAUGCACUGA